CCCCUCCGGGCCGCCCCAGCGCGCAUGCUCUCUCCCCCCCGCGGAGCAACCUGGAGAUUUAAAAGCCGCCGGCUGGCGCGCGUGGGGCAGCAGGAGGCCGAGCUCGGCCGCGCCGGCCGGUGACAGCCGCUCGCCUCGGCCAGGGGCAGAUGAGUCACCGCGGCGCGCACCGUCCCGGACUUGGGAGCCGGGAAAGGGGCCGGACGCCCGCGGGAAAGGAUCUGAGUGACAUGUCCCCACCGAGGCACCCGCGGCAGCAGGCACUGAGCAUGGGCUGAGAAGCCGGACCUGCACGGAGGGCUGGCGGAAAUGGGCUCCUGGCUGCGUCCUCGGCAGUCUGUGGCCGUGAGGAGGAGAGGCCUGGGCGCCUGGAGUGGGACUGGGACCAGGCGGUUCUGGAGCGAGUGACGGGGUCAGAACCCUACCCACCUGGCCCGCCAUGGUCCAGAGGCUGUGGGUGAGCCGCCUGCUGCGGCAUCGGAAAGCCCAGCUCCUGCUGGUCAACCUGCUGACCUUCGGCCUGGAGGUGUGUCUGGCCGCGGGAAUCACCUACGUGCCACCCCUGCUGCUGGAAGUGGGGGUCGAAGAGAAGUUCAUGACCAUGGUGCUGGGCAUCGGUCCAGUGCUGGGCCUGGUCUCGGUCCCACUCCUAGGCUCAGCCAGUGACCACUGGCGUGGGCGCUACGGUCGCCGGAGGCCCUUCAUCUGGGCCCUGUCCCUGGGCGUCCUGCUGAGCCUCUUCCUCAUCCCGAGGGCCAGCUGGCUGGCGGGGCUGCUGUGCCCGGACACCCGGCCCCUGGAGCUGGCACUGCUGAUCGUGGGCGUGGGGCUGCUGGACUUCUGCGGCCAAGUGUGCUUCACUCCGCUGGAGGCCCUGCUCUCUGACCUCUUCCGGGACCCCGACCACUGUCGCCAGGCCUUCUCCGUCUAUGCUUUCAUGAUCAGCCUCGGGGGCUGCCUGGGCUACCUCCUGCCUGCCAUCGACUGGGACGCCAGCGCCCUGGCCCCCUACCUGGGCACCCAGGAAGAGUGUCUCUUCGGCCUGCUCACUCUCAUCUUCCUCACGUGCAUGGCGGCCACACUGUUUGUGGUCGAGGAGGCGGCACUGGACCCAGCCGAGCCAGCGGAAGGGCUGUCCGUGCCCUCCAGGCCAGUCUGCGGCUGCCCGUGUCGCGCCCGCCUGGCUUUCCGGAACCUGGGCGCCCUGUUUCCCCGGCUGCACCAGGUCUGCUGCCGCGUGCCGCAUGCCCUGCGCCGACUCUUUGUGGCCGAGCUGUGCAGCUGGAUGGCAUUCAUGACCUUCACGCUGUUUUACACGGACUUCGUGGGCGAGGGGCUGUACCAGGGUGUGCCCAGGGCUGAGCCAGGCACUGAAGCCCGGAGACACUACGAUGAAGGAGUCCGGAUGGGCAGCCUGGGGCUGUUCCUGCAGUGUGCCACCUCCCUGCUCUUCUCCCUGGUCAUGGACCGGCUGGUGCAGCGAUUCGGCACGCGGGCAGUCUACCUGGCCAGUGUGGUGGCUUUCCCCGUGGCUGCGGGCGCCACGUGCCUGUCGCGCAGUGUGGCUGUUGUGACCGCCUCAGCAGCGCUCACCGGGUUCACCUUCUCCACCCUGCAGAUCCUGCCCUACACGCUGGCCUCCCUCUACCACCGGGAGAGGCAGGUAUUUCUUCCCAAGUACCGAGGAGAUGCCGGAGGGGGUGCCACUGAAGACAGCCUGAUGACCAGCUUCCUGCCCGGCCCCAAGGCCAUGUCCCCCUUCCCCAAUGGACACGUGGGUGCCGGAGGCAGCGGCCUGCUCCCCUCUGCGCCCGCGCUCUGCGGGGCCUCCGCCUGCGAUGUCUCCAUGCGUGUGGUGGUGGGCGAGCCGCCCGAGGCCAGGGUCGUUCCAGGCAGGGGCAUCUGCCUGGACCUCGCCAUCCUGGACAGUGCCUUCCUGUUGUCCCAGGUGGCCCCGUCCCUGUUCAUGGGCUCCAUCGUCCAGCUCAGCCAGUCUGUCACUGCCUACAUGGUGUCAGCCGCAGGCCUGGGUCUGGUUGCCAUUUACUUUGCUACGCGGGUAGUAUUUGACAAGAGUGACCUGGCCAAAUACUCAGUGUAGAGCACUUCCCACCCACUGAGCGAGGGCCUGCCUCCCUGGGUCCCAGCUCCCCCUCUUCCAGGCUCCAUAGGGCUGUGGGGCUGGCUUCCCAGUUUCUAUUGCUGCCCAAGUGGUGUGGCUCUCUGCUGCCACCCCAUGGCGGUAAGGUGCGUAGCUGCACAGGUAGGGCACUGGGCUUCCGUCCCACCUCUCCCAUCCUUAGGGCUGUGGCUGACUCCACAUGGGCCUAAGCCUGGACUUACAGGGAGAGAAGGUCGGGGCAUUUGACUAGCACCGUGCACUGGAAUUCAGGACUCUCGCGGGAUUACCCAGGCUCAGGGGAACAGCUAGCGCCCUGAUCAAGACAUACCAAGAGAAGGUACUUGGGGAGCUGAGUAAACUCAGCCACCAGGUCUCCUCUCUCCAAGCCCCCAUAUCCUAUAGGUUCCCCCAAUGUUGCUCUGGUGUGAAACUCUCCCCCACAGGAUUUGAAAGUAUGGAAGUUAGUUGGGGGGCAGAUUUCUGAGGGGAGAGGGGACACUGCCUGUCCUCCCAGCACUGCCUUUCCACGGAUGCCCCCAGCCCUGUGUCAUCAGGACAUGGCUUGUUGGCCCCUGUGUCUCCAUCAUAGGGACACAGGCCUUUAAAUAUUUAACUUAUUUAUUUAAAUAGAGGGGAAUCAAUUCCCAGCUCUGUGUCUGGGCGGUGACAUCCUCAACGACAGGGCCCCCGGAGAUGGCUGGUGACUGGGCCAAGCAUUGCCAGCAUCUCCUUUUCCUGGAGUGAUUGGUCUGGCCCCAAAACUUUCUAACCCAGGAGUUCGGAAGCUCUGCUCGCCCCAACUGAUCCCGACUCCUCUCACCCAAGGCUGGUAAAGGCGGAGGGUUGGGCUGCAGGUCUCAGCGGCCUCCCUGGACUGCCCUCCUCUCUCGGCCCAGCCUGCCCGCCCGACUCCCCUCUGCUUCCUCUAGGACUGGGCUGAUGAAGGCGCUGCCCACCCCUACCUUUCUCCACUGGCUUCACAGCCUCUCUCGGGGGCUGUUUCGGGACCAGAAGCACUCAGUGUGGCUCCUCGAACCUUUAUCCGUCUCAGCCCCAGGGCAUAUCUGUGCUUGGGGACACUCGCACAGAAUCUCAGGAGCACCCCCUGCCUAGGUUAAGGAGGGCAUAUCUCUGGGGGGUUUUAAGUGCCGUUUGCAAUAACGUCAUGUCUUAUUUAUUUAGCGGAGUAAAUAUUUUAUACUGUAUGUGAGCAAUCAGAAUAUAAUGUUUAUGGUGAUGAAAUUAAAGGUUUCUUAUAUGUUUAA